AAAGAAACCGAGCGUGGAGUUGUGAUGGCGCCAGUGCUAACAGAGAUGGACGGAGGUUCCGAAGGAGUGGCUCAAGUCGCCAAAGAAACUGAGACUGGAGGUGUUACGGCGCCAGUGCUAACAGAGAUGGACGGAGGUUCGGAAGGAGUGGCUCAAAUGCAGACCCAACCAAUAAAGGGAGUAUUUCUGUUUGUGUCCUUCCUACUGAUGACCGUCACUCGCUUCUUUAUGCGGUCAAUCAUGAAAAUGAUUGAGCACCUGCGGGCCAAGGCUGCCACUCAGCAGGUCACCGCUAAGGAAGAUAUGGCUCAUGGCGUGGAUAAGAGAGACCUGGCUGGCAAGGAAGGCCAAGAUAUCAAAAAAGGCUAAGGUAUCCUGGCAGUUCCUCAUAGACACUUCAAAUGUUCGUUCUGUGAUUACGAGACCAAUAUCAAACACAAUUUUCUUAGACACCAUCAAAACUUGCACAAAAAUAAGACGGUGCCCUUUGUGUGCGGAUUAAAUAUGUAUUGCCACCUCUCGUUCAAAACAAAAAAGGAACGUUACGACCACAUUGAAUCAACGGAUCAUGCUAAUUUGUCAAAUGAUUUCAAGCCUUUCAGUAAAACCAAAUGCACUGAUUGUAAUUCCAGACCUUUCCACAUUAAUUACCGUCAGCAUGUUGUUCAAAACCAUUCCAUGUGAUUGAUUUACUCUGCUUAUUAUGUUGUUAAACUUAAUUACCAUCCGUAAACUGAAGUUAAGGAUUUUAAUUGUUCUCUCAUCUGAAGUCUUGUUAAGCUUAAUAUUUAAUUUCUGUGAUUGAGAUCAAGUCUGAAAUAAAUGAAUGAAAAUUAUGCUUAAUUUAUCAAAGGAAUAAUGCAUGCCCAAUCUAUUUUAAAUCUG